GACAAAAGUUUCAACUAUUCUCUUAAAAAAAUACUUUUAAAAGCAAUGUCUGUUAAGGAGGUAAGCCCCCGUUUUUUUGUCCUCGAGGAGAGUGACCCGUUGGCCAAAGAAAUAAAGAUGACGUAUCGCUGGUACACUCCCAAGUUCUCUCCACGUGAUAUCCCGCGCUUUGCCGACGUUGGCAGCAUCACAGAGUCACCCUCCUGCAUGAAGCAGAUCCGUGAUUUUCUUGUGAACCGCUACCGUAACCUCCCUGAGCCUCCCACGCACAUUUUGGGGUUCGAUGCUCGAGGGUUUUUGUUUGGCCCAGCGAUUGCUAUUGAGCUGGGGAUUCCGUUUGUUCUUUUACGCAAGUCAAAGAAGAACGCUGGUGUAAUCAUCCAAAGUGAACCCUAUGAUAAAGACUACAAGGAGGAUGAGCCUGAGGAAAUGACGAUUCGUGUUGGAAGCGUCGCCAAGGGCUCACGUGUAGUACUUAUUGAUGAUGUACUCGCAACCGGUGGCACAUUGGUUUCCGGCUUGCAGCUCGUCCACGCGUGUGGAGCAAGGGCACUUGAAGUCUGCUGCAUACUCGCAGUACCGUUUCUUGGCUGCAUCGAAAAGGCCCACACUUCCAUCGAUGGUCGCUUCAAGGAUGUUUCCAUCUUUUCAUUCGUUUUGUACGAAGCGCUUGAUGAUGAAAACUGUGGUGACUGCAAGAACUACGAUGGGCCACGUGUAAUAAAAUACGGGGAAAAAAUUCCACUUUUGAACUAAUAUUUUUGUAAUUUAAAUCUUUCAUAAAUUUAAGCUACACGAUUUAGUUAUAAUAAAAAUAUAUAUUUUUUUGAAAUAUUUUGAAAAGUUGAAACGAAUAUUAUAUCUGAUUUAUUAGCAGUAUUUUAACCAAGAUAAAUAAUUCCUUAAAGUUGAAUACCCAGAAUAUUUCCUUAAUUUCGUACUGAACAGUGUUGAACAAAUUUCUCU